UCGGAGCUGCUCGGCUGCCUGCAAACCAACAUGGAGUAGCGAGAGAUGGGGCUCUAGCGGGGCCACCCCUCGGUAAGGAAGGGAAAAAAAGGAAACGGCGACGACGCGGUUUGAGCGCACAAACUGGACGCGGACUGGUCGGUGAGAACAACAUGCGCCUUCGGACUUGAGCGAACGCGGAGCCCGGUGGAGAGGAAGAGGAGGAGGAGGAGGAGGCGAAGAAGCAGCGGCCGGACACGGCGUCUGAUUGUCCGGGAGGCUGAGGCCAGCUCGGCCGUCGGGAGCUGGAGUGAGAGCCGCCGCCGCCGCCACCACCAGCAGCAGCAGCAGCCGUGUGGCCGCGCAGGGCCCGCAGCGUCGAUCCAGGCGGAUCCGCCGAGCGUCGCACCAGAGGCGCAGCGGGGAUUUACGCGGAGUCGGCGAGAGAAUGACGAGCAUAAAGUAUGCCAACGCCGCGGUACCGUACCUGAGGUGAAGCGAGAAAAUGAUAGAAGAAACACACCCAAACGAUGACAGCUACAUCGUACGUGUGAAAGCCGUGGUGAUGACACGGGACGACUCGAGCGGAGGCUGGCUGGCGCAGGACGGGGGCGCUCUGAGCCGGGUGGGGGUGUGUCGCCUCCGACCGCCAGAGCUUCCGCCUGUGCCGGCCGCCAUCGGUGCCCAGUUCCUAAUCCGUGGUGAACGAUUACCGGACAAACAGGUGAUCUUGGACUGUCCGCUGAGGAAGGAUAUUUUAUACAUCAUAGCAAACCCCACAUUUCACCAUUGGAAAGUGGAAGACCGGCGGUGUGGCCUGUCUUUCCAGAGUCCAGCUGACGCCCGGGCUUUUGACAGGGGCGUGCGCAAAGCCAUCGAGGACCUGGCGGAAGGAUCCACCACCUCCUCCACAGCGCUCCAGAAUGAGGGGGAACUGGGUGACGACGACGUCUUCACAAGCACCACAGACAGUUCCUCCAACUCUUCUCAAAAACUGGAGAACUCUGCGCCGCCUCUGGAAUCAUCGCCUCUCCCACACCGACACAGGUACAUGCUGGGAAAUCGCCCGGACCUGCACGAACCCUACCGGCUCACAGACCACUACUUUUUGGACCAGCAGCCCUUGUCUCGGCUUCCCCACGUCACCUUCCAGGAGGAUGAGGAAAUAGUCCGCAUCAACCCACGGGAACGCAGCUGGGAACGAACCAGCGAGCGGCUUCACGGACGCCCAUCGGAUCGCUCGUGGCUUACGGGCUAUGAGGACUACCGCCACGCGUCGGUGCGAGACAAGUUCCUCCACACGGACCAUUCUGGGUCGUACGUCCACUUUGACAAAACGGAUGCCCCGAAACACGAUUACACUUAUCCGCUGGCGCCGUCACAGUUGAGCCCAGACUCUGACCCAGCGAUCGGACCCUUGGGCAAUAAGGGCCACGGCGGCGGCUCGUAUCGCCACGGCUUUUCUGUGGUUUCCAGCCAGCCGCGCUCAUUUCUCCCGAGCUCCUCUCCGUCCGCAAACGGGGGGAAGGGGCGCAAAGAAGACGGGAAGGAGCGCGCCCACUGCGAGCACUGCGGGGAAGCCUUUUACGUCUCCGACAACAGAAGAGGUCAGUGCCAGGAUGCGCCCGACCCCGUGCGCGGGUGCAUCAGAAGGGUCAGCUGCAUGUGGCUAGCAGACACCAUGCUCUACCACUGCAUGUCCGACCCAGAGGGGGACUACACGGACCCCUGCUCCUGUGACGGAGGUGAAGGAGGCAGAUUCGGCCCACGCUGGCUGGCCCUCACUGGCUUGUCGCUGGUGGCGCCCUGCCUCUGUCUGUACCCGCCUCUCCACGCUUGCCAUCGGGCCGGGCUGGCGUGCGGCUGCUGCGGGGGCCGGCACAAAGCCCUCCUGAGUUGAACUUCUUCAGAGGAAACUAUGAACCCAACGCAAGCACAGGGAAAGGGAAGGACAGGGGAGGGGGUGGGACACAGAGGUGGAUCAGUAGCCCUGGAUCCUUUUGCCUUCUACAAAAUUCCAGACACUGAAAUAAGCCAAAAAAGCAGUUGUUCUUUUUUCUGAGCAGCCUGGGAAGAUAAGCUCCCCCUCACGGCAGACACUUCUCUCAGCUCUCCACAUGUUUCCAGUGACAGAGAGCGCUCUUAUUCAGGGGGCCUUUUUGUUUUUACUUUUGAUUUUAUAGCUGACCUAUAUGUCACGUAUCACAUAUGCAGGUACUUUAUACUUUGUACACUGACUUGGUAUCAAAGAACUUGAAUUAUUGUUCUACUAUUUUCUCUCCUUCUGCGGCCAAUUUAGAAUCGAGCCCCGUUUCUCAAUCAGACACUAACCCUCGGUGCGUGAGUGCGAGUGUGAAUGGUACCACUGUGUCAGAUUCUUUCAAGAAGUAUUCACCUCCUUUUAAGGCUUAUAUUAUUGAGAUUUCAUCAAUAUAUAUUUUAUGGCAGUUGCUAAACAAAAUAUUAAUCUUGUAAAUAUUUUCAAUAAAUACAUUUUUAUCAUGUUAAAGAAGUGGUUUUCUAAAGUCGGCCAGAGACAUGGUGGAUUAGGGUUGAGGGUUAAAGCCCGGGUCUGCAGCUGCUCCCCAAAAAGUCCAGUUAUAUUGUUAAGAAAAAGAAAAAGAAAAGAUGAUACAUCAAAUACACUUUUAGUGCAGGGUUUGCUUGAUGUCCGACAGUUUAGUUGAACAACUAAAAAACAUAUGUUCCAAUAUUUCUAGAUUUUGAGAAUCGGACUCUGCUCCUGCAACCGUCCCGCUGACAUUGGAUGGUUCAGUUGGCUUAGUUGGCUGCUCUGCGCUGCAGUUCCCUGACUUACACAUGCCGACCAGCCUUAAGAGCAAUAACGCCUCCGCUAGAGCUAAUAACACCAGCCCCAAAUAUUCUGCUCACCAAGGUCGUAACCAGCAGGGCAGCCAUCCGCACCCAGUCCCUGGAUAACCAAUCACGUUAACAACUCUGCCUCAGCCAAAGCCAUCUGGUCCAUUCCCGAUUGUUGAAGAGCUAGUUGCGUCUGGGUGCGAUGUAGCGCACCCCAAGUUCAGAUGAAACCACUUCUGUUUGCGUCACUGAUCCGAAAUCUGUGCUCACAAUUAUUGUUUUGCAUCAAGACAAAAGCACGGUGCGUUUUCUCUGAUGACCAUGUGACAUGGUGAAGAGAAAUGUCCAGGAUUCAGGAUGUUUUUUGCAACAAAGUGCAACAAGUAACAUUUUAGAAAUGAACGACAGUUUUAUUACAAUGUCUCGGUGAGUCAUGGAUCCAGGAUAUAAAUCAAUGGAAACUGAGCUUCGAAUCUUGUAUUGAAGUAAGACCACAACGGACAGGUCACGAGCGGGGAAAACUCACUUGGCUUAUGCUGCCAGGUCCAGCUGGAGCUGGUGGUGUAAAGCGGCCAUUAUUUAUUUAAGUGAAAAACUUUGCCUUGUUUUUAAGGCAAGAAUGAAGUAGGUCCAGUCACCACAUAUUUGUCCUUGGUCUGGAGUCACUGACCACUGCGCCGGUGUCCACCAGAGACUCCAGAAUAAGCGGUAGUUUAUCAGCUUACACAAAGCCAGAAAUGAUGUCGUGUGAGUGCGAAUGUUUUGGUUAUUUAUUCUUUCAAAAGUUGGUGAAUACUUUCUAUGGAUGUGAAUCUGCCGCCCUUAAUUUCAUCCUUCCUGUUUCAGCCUUUAACAUCCCAAAGACGUCACUUGUUUUCCAUCUCAUUCUGAACGAUUAACCAGCGCUGCUGGUCUCUGAUUCACCCACUGAAUCGGACGGUGCCUGCAUUUUCAUCAAUUAGUGCCUAAAUAUCGCAGAAAAAAAAAAAACAUUUUUGGGUUGAACACUUGAAGUCAUGCCACUAACACCGGUGCAUGCUGUCGUUCCUCUCAGCCAUUCUGUUUGUGCACUUAGUUUAUAUCUAAUAAAAAGACAUUUAGCACUCAUCAAGUGUGGAAACUUAGUAUGACUGCGAUGAACAAUCAGCUGGAGGGUUCGAGCCUCAAAACGGGGGACGAUGAAGUCGUCACCCGACACGAUAACGUCGCGUAGCGAUCGCAAAUGUGCUUCAUUUUUCAGAGAAAUGUGCAGACGAAGGAGCAGUUUCAGGCUUUGCGUCUGAUCACAUGGCUACUUCAGCCACGCUGUUCAGGAGAUUUAGCUCUGAAUAGGAAAUAUGUUCAAUGAUAUUUGAGAAAAUGUUUAAGAAGGAUGUUUCAGAACUUUCUUCUUAAACAUUAAGAAUGUUGAAGAACAUGUUUAAUGUUAAAGAAUAACUCCAAGUGCAUUUAUUUUGACUAAACUGUCAACAACAUUCAGAAAAGUCAAACUAUUUUUGCCAGGAAAAUUGUAAAGGAGAACAUAAACAAGUUGUCCAGAACAAGACUUUUCAAAAGUCUUUUGAGUUUGGCCUUUGAGUCUGGUCAUGAAAGUCUACUCAACGCUUCUCUGCACAUCUCUGGGUGAAAACAAACCCUGAGCUGAAGUGGCACCGCUGUUUCAAUAGCAUGCGAGACAACGUUCAUGGGGAAAAACGGGCGCAUUUGUUUCCUAUACGAAUCAAACGAAGUGAAAAGGCGGCUGCCUCGAGAGCUGCACGCGGCCGCGUCGAGGCCGCCGUCCUUAUAUCAGACACACACACCAGGUAGUUGCAGACCCUCACAUCUGGAGCGACACUGUGCAGUACCUUGUAGGGUCAUCAAAGCCGGUCUGGUUGGCACCAGCUGGGGUCCUCCUCUGGAAGCACAGUCCCCCGCCCCAUCCACCGUGAUGCUUUCUUGACUCCUCUGCUGACCGACGGCAGCGUGAGGGAUGGGACCUGGAAAAUAAUGAACCCGAUGAACGUUCCGAAAUGAAAAAGCAGGGUGUCAAGUGGUGAAGGGUGUCCAAAAAUACAAGCGGAAACAAAGGUCCAACUGUGACUGUAGUGCCAAGGAAAUGUCGCUUGCUGUAGCUGAGGUGCAGACGGCCUGAGGAUGUCCCAUUUCCUUCUCUGGGUUUGUCUGUUCCUCACAUCCUGUGCUGUGUGUGUGUGUGCGCGUCCCACGUCCCUUGUCCUCCCCUCUGAUCCCCGACAGCUCUCUCACGCUGGACAGUUCUGUUCAUGGCCAAUGAGACUGGGCAGAGCGUUUCCACCGUAGCAGCGUGUCCUCACAUGUGAGAGCCAUCUACAAGUGCCUGAACGCAUCCUCCUGAUCUGUAUUUAAGUCCAUUAAACUCUUACAGAAAUCACUCCCUGUAUUGAAGUAGACCCGUUUUUUAUGCCUAGUAUUUUUACCUCUGUAAAAAAAAGAAGAACGAAAUUAUAUUAUAUAUAUAUGUAUGUAUCACGUGUCUGUUGUACAUUUUUCUUUCUGCUUUUUUUAACGAGCGUUUCGUGCCGGCUGGAUGCAGCUCCUGCUCUGAGAAGCAGGUGCCGUGCAGACAGACUGUGACAGACAGACAGACAGACAGACAGCGAGCGGUGGCCAGGUGUGACGCAAAACUCAAGUGACGUGUGUCUUACCUUCCGCCUCCAAUAAAGUCAGAGAAACACCACCACGGCGUCUGAGUCACAGCCUCCACUCACUCACUGCCUCGGAAACAUUAUUAGAAACUAGGAACUAAACACUAUUUUAACGUGGCAUCACUUGCAUUUUUUGUUUUUUAUCGACAUGGUCGCUCAGUAACGGCACGCAUGCGCGAGAAAAGCCGCCUG